AUGAAGCCCCCGCUGGCCAACGAGAAGUUCCCGCGGGGCCGGAUGGACAGGUACACUGUCCAAUAGGAAUGCAGCAUUUCGGCGCGUCAGCCAAUAGGACGCCGCCUGCGGGCGCGGGGGGCGGGCCCUCCCUCCCCGCGGGCCGUGGCCGUCGCUCCCGCUGCUGGAGGGAGGCGGCGGAGAAAAUGGCGGCCAUGGCUGCGGAGGCGGCGGCGACUGCGGCGGUGCCGGGGGACGGCGGGGCCGGCGAGGCCGAGCCCGAGAUGGAGCCGAUCCCGGGCAGCGAGGCCGGCGCGGACCCUCUACCCGCCGUCAGCGAGGCCGUGGAGUCGGCGGUGCCGGAUGGCGAGGAGGCCGACGGCGGCAAGGCCGAGGAGCCGCCGCCGGUGCAGCGCGCCCGGAGCCCCGGCGGGACUCGCGAGCCGGACGCGGGAAGGACGGAGGAGCCGCCGAGCAGCCCUGGGGUGGAAUCGCCGCGGGCCGAGCCCCGCGCAGCGCCCAGCCCGGGCUGCUCGGAGCCGCCGCAGCCCUGCCCGCCGCCCGAGCCGGCCCGGGAGCCGCCGCAGCCCUGCCCGCCGGCUGCCGGGGGCUCCGCGGGGCCCGGGGAGGAGCCGCCCCGGCCGGAGGAGGAGGAGCCGGAUGCUGCCGCCGCCGCCGCGGUGGAGCCCGAGCCGGCGGUGCCCGCGGCCCCGGGCGGAGGGGAGGCGGAGGCGCCGGCGCUGCUGCCCGGCUCCGAGGUGCGGGUCACCCUGGACCACAUCAUCGAGGACGCCCUGGUGGUCUCGUUCCGGCUGGGAGAGAAGCUUUUUUCCGGGGUCCUCAUGGACCUCUCGAAAAGGUUUGGCCCCCAUGGAAUCCCUGUGACCAUAUUUCCUAAAAGGGAGUACAAGGACAAACCCGAAGCCAUGCAGCUCCAAAGCAAAGCAUUCCAAGAGGAGGCGCAGGUGAAGUGCGAGGCCGAUGCUGCAGUCCCUGAUGACUCCUCCCUCACGCAGCCAUCAGAGCCCAGCAUAGCUAAAAGCCUUUGGACUUCUAAACCACCUCCUCUCUUUCACGAGGGAGCACCGUACCCUCCUCCUUUGUUUAUCAGGGACACCUAUAACCAGUCAAUACCUCAGCCUCCACCCCGGAAAAUCAAGCGGCCCAAGCGGAAAAUGUACAGGGAGGAACCCACUUCGAUCAUGAACGCCAUCAAACUACGGCCCCGGCAGGUCCUGUGUGACAAGUGCAAGAACAGCGUGGUGGCAGAGAAAAAGGAGAUCAAGAAAGGUGGCAAUGCAAGUGACUCUUCCAAAUACGAGGAUAGUAAAAAGAGAAGAAACGAGAGCGUGACUACUGUGAAUAAAAAACUUAAGACUGACCAUAAGGUGGAUGGAAAAAGCCAAAACGAAAGCCAGAAAAGGAACGCUGUGGUCAAGGUUUCAAAUAUUGCCCACAGCAGAAGCAGAGUAGUUAAAGUUUCCGCACAAGCAAAUACUUCAAAAGCGCAGUUAAACACAAAAAAAGUUCUCCAGAGCAAAAACAUGGAUCAUGCAAAAGCUCGGGAAGUCUUGAAAAUGGCCAAAGAAAAGGCACAAAAGAAGCAGAGUGCAACCUCCUCUUCCAAAAAUGCACAUUCAAAGGUCCACUUCACGCGGCGUCUUCAGAACACCAGCUCAGGGUCCCUCCCGCCCCGAUUGCGCCUAAAGCCCCAGCGGUAUCGCAACGAAGAGAAUGACUCUUCCCUCAAGACAGGACUUGAGAAAAUACGGAGUGGCAAGAUGGCAACUAAGCCCCAGUCUCGCUGCUCCUCCACCCGCUCAGCAGCUCAGAGACACUAAUGACCCGCUGUUUUUAUGGAACCUCACUACACUGCCACGAAGAGCACCAGCUCAUCAGGACUGAGAGAAAUCUGAGACUGACUUGUCCUAUUUUUCCUCUGAAAUCUUCACCGAGUAGUAAACAUUUUUUUUUGAAGGGGAAAGGGGGUAAAAGAUGUUAAAGCUCCCCCUUGCACCAUUAGGGCACCUGUACCUAAUGUACAUUUUCCUUAAAAUUUCAAAAGAUGUUAGGAAAUAUUUUAUAAAACUUUUUUGCAAUAAAUGACGCAUGAAAUUACGAAAGACUCUAUGACACUUACAUGCAAGGAACCACUUGAAUUAUUAGGAUGAAGACUCACUGCAGAUAACUGGGGUUUUUGUAAUGUGACAGUCACGUUUGUAUGUUUUGAGAGGUGCCAGUGACGGAGCCAAUUUGCCUGGGAAGUUGACUGUAACUUUUGAACUUUUCUUUUUAAUUCUUGACUUUAGCAUUGCAAUUUUCCAUUCUCUGAGGCUUAGUUAGUAUUUAGUGCAGGUGUUAGCAGAGCUGUGAUCUGUGAUCAAAGCAUGUCCAAACCCAGUUGUAUUGUGAAAUAUGAACAGUCCUGCUAUUGAGACCAACAUUUCCCAUAGAGGUGAUGGAAAGGACAGUGACCACAAACUCCAUGGAUCUCUGUUUUAUGGGAAAGCUCCUUCUGUGUGAAUAUGGUUGCAUUUUAUUUAUGCUAUUGUAACACUUAGGGAAUUGAGAGUUGUGAAAUAACCUUGAGAGGGGCUACAAGGCAGAGAGCAGCGUUUUGCUUAUAAUCUUAGAACAGGAUGGGAAUCAUGAAUGGAGAGUGAUUCAAUGGGAUGGCAUUUCUAUUUCAAAUCAUGGCUUAUUUUUUCCUUUUGACAUAAAUAUUUUUCAGAUAGGUAACUAGUAGAGAGCAAAGGUUUUAUUAGAGUUUCUGAUGGUUGUUGAUCUGAGUUGCGUUGACUUCUUUGAAAAGCUGUAAAUCAAAAAAAAAAAAACAAAAAACCCACUGGGUUUUAUCCAUUUUAUUCCCCUCCCACAAAGGUCUUGGGUAAGACUGACUUCAGUGGAGCUUGGGAAUGCUGGACACGCUGCUGAAAUCUUGAGUUAUUAAAUAUUAAUUUAUUUGUCACUAAUUAUUUCCAUUGUGUGCACACUGUCUCGGCAGAACCAUUUCUUUAAAGUCCUUAGCAGGGGAUUCAUUGUGUAACCCGGGAAAAUAAAAUAUUUGUUUUGAAGAGAUGAAAAUGUGCACAUAAUCUACUAAAAGUCAAAUUUCUGUGUCUAUAGAGAUGAAAGGACUUGUAGGAAACUCUUUUCCUCCUUACUGAUAUCCUGAUUCAAUUGGAGAAAAUAGAAUGUCUUUGUCUGGAUCGUUUAAAACCAGAGGGACUUUUCCAAGGGGCCUCUGGGUCAGCACAAAGACAUUUUCUUCGUGUCUGGAGCCUGAAUGAACCACAUAAAAUUUGAAGUUAGGACAACUCUGUCAUUGGCAACAGGUUUAUACUUGUUAAACAAUCGGAGAGGGGGAAGUGACAGGCUGGGACAGGCCCCCAAACCCCAGCCAGACCCAUCAGGGAUUCACACACUGAGUGUGUGGCAGCUCGUGCUUUGUGCUGGUUCAGUGUCUGCUUUUCAGAGCUAAAUUCUUUAUUUAUAAGUGCAGAAAUUGAAUAUUCACUACCUACUUUUUCAAAACAGGCUGUACAAUGCUGUGCAGUGCAUUCAAAUUGUACCGUUUGCCAUAACGAUUUCAUCAUGAAGUACAAACUUUUUUUAAAAUUUGGAUGAAUAUUUGUUCUACAGUGCUUUUCCUUUUCACCAGUGGAAGAGGCCCAGCAGUCUGGUCCUGCUCAAGGCCUGGGAUGUGAUUAGAACUGAAAGACUGAGACAUGUGAAUGAGGAAAGGGGUGACUUGGUGCCGGGUCCGUGCCAGCCUUUCACCUCCGCUUGCAUUGACGAUGGAUGGGGGCUUGGCCUCAUCAGGUACAUUUUCCCUCACACCCCCCAAAAGAAACCAAACAGAAAAGCCACCAAACCACAUGGCACAAACCAGUUUCUGCUCAGGAAAAAGGCCCGGGGCUGUGGUGGCAGGGUUGUUGCACAUGGGAUUGAGGAGUGCCUGCUGUUGUUUUGGAAGCCGGUAGUGCCUGGCUGUGCCCCCGGAUCCCCAGGGCUCUCCUCCCCUCCCCUCCCUGAGCACAGCAGCUGAAGCAGGAGGGAUUAACCCAAGGGAUGCAGGUGUGCACUGGAGAAUAUGGGUAUAGAGCAAAUAGCAUCCAAGGGAGCUCAUGUCUGCCUUGCUUUUCCCAGCAUUGCGUUGGAAACCAUAUUUUCAUUUGGAAAUGAAAUUGUCAGGGAUAUUCUAAUGAGAGAGAGUGACAGUAAUGUAUUGCUUUUCACUUUUUUGCUUUAGUUGCUUAAUAUUUAAGCUUUGCUCCGUGCUACCUUCUUGUCUGUAUAUUGAAUGGUCACUAUGCCUCUUUCAUUUUGUAGACUUGAAUGAGGAAAAUCUGAUUCACCCUUUAAGGUUUGCUGAGAAGUAAAAAUGAUAAAGAAUGUUGUGUAACAUUUAUUCAAAUAAAGCCUUGAUUUUUUUCAGUGCUCUUUUAAAGGGAAA